AUGAAUAAGCACUGCUGCAAAAAACAGCCUCAGAACAGAGUUUACAGGAAGAAUGACUUCACCUAUAACACGGAUAUUUUGCGCGAUACUGCUCUUCACUACCCACUGUCUCCGAGUAGUGAUACAGAACAGAUUGAGAAAUAUACCAAACAAUUGAAUUAUGAUGGUGAAUUCAGGGCUUUUAGGAACCAAGAAGAUGAUGAAUUUCAAUAUACUAAUUUUCCUGAAUCACCUGACCCAGAGUUUAUUGUUGAUCAUCGUUGCCCUAAGUCAGAAAAAACACAUCGUCUUUCGCUGAAUAAUCUCGACCGCACAAUACGUGUGGAGAUUAUUCGAAAAAGACAUGCAAUUAAAACACUUUUCAAAAACCUCGCAACAAGAAGUGACAACCGUCUUUCAAAAGCCGCUUUGAUGAAGGUGAUAUACACUCUAUGUCCAGACGUAACUGUCGAAUUAUAUCAUCGGCUUCUUGAAAGGUAUGGCCUGGACAGAAAAGCGAAUGUGAACUUUCGUGAAUUCGAAGAUGCUUUUACGUCUAAACCUUCUGAUGAACAUUUUAUACCUCAUGAGUAUACAACUGUUGGUUCUGAAAAAUGUGUAUCGGUUGCUCAAGCUUAUAGAAUGCUUCAAGAAAUAGCAUGUGAUGAAGAAUUCGACUUAAAAGCCAUACUACCCCCGAGCUGUUUUGUCAAAGGAGGGCGUAUUUUGUGUUCACAAAUGCAAGAGGCACUCAGGCAAAUGCAUAUUCACCUGACUCCAGAGAACUUUCGCCGUCUUUGGCAAGAUAAGCUUGAUUUAGAGAAAGUUGGUUCAAUAUCAACCAGGCAACUUCUUCGGAUUAUGAGUUUAAAUGAGGAUGGAUUACCUUCAAAAACAAAGACAAAAUUAACACCUUUUGAGGCAGCUGAAAUUCCCGUGCUUGUGAAACGUCCACGUGUACCUAAACUAGUGCCAACAAAUGAAUGUCCACGCUUUAAAAUACUAGACAGAAACAAUAUUGGUCAUCAGGAAAGUGAUUUACCACUCAUCACGAAAGAUCCCAAAAGUGGAGGAAUAUCUUUUCCAACGAAUUUUGUGCCAACAUGGGAGGCCAAAGGACCAGGUGGUACACAUGAUCCAAUAUAUGGUUGUGGUGACCGACAUCUAAACAAUCUUCAGUCACUUGAAGCGCAGCCUAUUUACUUUGAUAACGUUAUUGAUUCAUUAAAAUACAAGUUUGAACUCCCGUACCAAGCGAUGAUGGUUUCGUUUGAGCAGUUAGAUAAAAAUGGAAGCAACCGUGUUUCGGAGAAUGAAUGUUACUGCGUUUUGAGGGAAUAUGGACUACCGUUUGAAAAGAAGGAUUUGUCGGCAUUUUUGAAGAAAAUAUUAGCUCCAUCAGAAAUAUGUCGACCUAAUGGAGGGCUUGGUGGUGACAGACCACCACAUACAGAACCUCCAGGCACGGAUCCAGUAAAUAUAAGACCUGGAUUGGUGCCAUACAAAAGGCUUUUGGCAUAUUACCAGGACUGUAAACCUGGGAGCGUUGCUCAUAAAAUAAUUGAAAGAAUAAUGUCCAGGCCAACAUCAGAACAAGACUGCGCUAAACUGGUAACUACAACAACGCCUAAAGAAGCUGAAGAGGGAAUGGUCAAGUUACUACAUGCGCCCUACAUUAAAUUCUUGGGAAAAAUCAAAAAUUAUACUGAUGGUGAUGGCGGGAUUCAAGAAGAUACAUUACGCGCUAUUAUAUCUCAUACAAUUAAUAAACAAGUAACAAAUGAACAGUGGACGAAAAUGAAGAAUUAUUUUCAUUUUCUGAAACCUGGAAUUAUGGAUGCAAAGCAAAUUUGUGUAUUAUUUGGUGGUAUAAGCAAUAUAGCAGCACAGCGUGCAAACAGUGAUUUUGAUAUUGCAAAAUCUCAUUGCCCAAUAACUGAUGACAGUUAUAAAGGUGAGGUACGAGAUGAAGCCACACUACUUAGAUUGGUAGAACAAGUAUUGAGAAAACGGUUACACCAUAUAGACAAGAAUUAUAAGUACUUUGAUCAGGCUGAGAUAAAUAUGCUUACAAAAGAAGAUUUUGAUGAGCUUCUAACCGGUCAAGGUUUGAGGUUAUUGCCAAGAGAGCUUGACUUUUUAUGGGGACUACUGGACAAACUGGAACCUGGUCGCAAAUUACACAAUUACCGACAAGUGAUGAGCUUUUUCUAUAACAGAACAAGACCAUUGGUCACAGAAUACCUACGUCAAAAGCGUUAUGAAGCCGUUCGCAAUAUACGCGAUCCAAAUCUAACUGAAUUCAAACAUUGGUGCAGAAGAACGAAAAAGUGUCGACGAGAACUUGAAAGGAAUAUGAAGAAAACAUCGUAUCUGAUGAAUACAUUUCCACCUAAACCGCCAUUAGAAGAAAAGAAAAAGUUCGAAGAAAUCUUCAAAUUAUGUGAAAAGGCAUCUGGUGUUGUAUUGGAUAAAUGGGAAGAUCUCAAACAUGCUUUUAUCGAUGCUGAUCCAGGUGGAUCUAGAAAUGUAACCUGGGACCAGUUUCAGGAAAUACUACAAUCAUUUGGAGUACCCUUGGGUUACAAAGAAAUGUAUGACUUAGGAAGAGGAUUUCAACCACGUGAAAAAGGAUAGUAAGUAAAGUAUCUGAAUAAAUUUUUUCUGUUGGCCAUUGUUCUAGUAAUGAACUGCGUCUUAACAUUUUAACGUAACAUUACUGUUACCCUGGUUUUUUAUUUUAUUUCGAUAUUAUAGUGUUUUAAGUGGUAAAUUUCAUUCCCUAGGUGCCCAUUGAUGUAAUCUGCCUAAAUAUCGUGCAUUAAAGUGAGAUAAUUCAACAGUCUUACAUCAGAAUGUCAGAAAAAGCCUGCAAAUUGAGAACUUUGUUAUCCCAAAGUGCUCUCAAUAAUAGGAUGCAUUUAGUUAGACUUAAAUUCUCUAUGUUAACUUGCAAUCUGGCUGAGUGAACUGACAAAUCAUGCAUUUAUUUACAGAACCCAGUUGCGCAUAAAUAAGUGUUAUUGAUGUAAAAGGACUCAGGUUUUCAGGCUUAAAAUGUAACAAAGAUCGGAAGUAAUAUGACUAAACGUUUUCGUGACAAAUGGGAACAGUAAUGAGUAACCAGAACAGAACAGGUAUCAAUCAAAAGUAGAGACCAUAAAUCGUUUAAGAUGAUUAAGAAGAUGAGCUCUAAAAUAUUUAUACAAGCUGGAUGAUAUUGAAGAUAAAAAAGAGUGAAUAAGUCUGCACUGUUUUAAACUAGGUAGUCACACAACUUUCUUGCUUCAUUAGAAGCUGUGUGAGCACGUAGAUAUGAUUAUGGACAAUAAAUUGUGCUCGAAAGGUCAUCAGUAAGUACUAAUGUAUAAUACUAUGUGACUUUAUCAAAUUAAAUGUUAUCUAUAAUGUAACUAAAUGAAUUAACUAUUUACACGAUAAUUAGACAAAUCUACCAUACUAUUUCAUCUAAAUAGCACUCGUCUUCCUACUCUUUUGCUAUUUUAUAAAAGCAUAUUUUCUGUUGUUACAAAACUUAUUGUGUUGGUCUACUCUUUCUAGUUAAACUUGUUUCUGCUCAAAAUGUUGAACCCCUUUUUUCAAGAGUAUUCGUAUAACUAUCGCAUAAGCAGUCAAACCCUUUAGCUCCUAACAAUUUAACAACUUAUGCCGUUCCAGACAUAUGUUACUUAUAGUUCCAAUCACUUACUUCUUGUUGUGGCGUGAAUGGUAUGUUCAAAACACUUUUGUAAUCUUAAUUU